UAACUCAUUGUUUACAAUCUUCCAUCAGAGAGCGAGGAGAGCAAUGGUGUUGGGAUGCCUUAUGUAGGGUCAGAGGAGGGUGCUGCAGGCCAUGACACCCCCCCAGUAGACCCGCACCACCAGCAGGAGGUGCAGCAGGUCUCUGCUGGGAGCAGAGAGCAGCAGGCAGCCCAGAGAAGAGCAGUCAUCACUGCUGCCGCUCCCAACAUGAUACUGCGAUCCAAGAUUAUGAUGGCUUGCAAGUUGUUGUGUUUCUUACUGGCAGUAGUUAUUGUGGUUCAUAGCAGAGGACCAUUGACAAGAAAAGUGUCGUCUCCACAACCGUUCUUCCCUCGCCACUCUCUUGUCUCCGAUUUCUACACAGGAGAUGUAGCAAAACUGACCGAGCGUCUCCUAGGAGCCGACCUCUCGCUUGUUGUGUACUAUGCUCCCUGGGACAGGGACUCACAGCAUCUGCGUUGGGAAAUGGAGAAGGCAGCCAGAUAUCACCACGAACAGAUAUACUUCGCCGCAGUUAAUUGCUGGCAUCCGAAUUCAGAAUGUAAGACCAGAUACAAGAUUCGAACUUACCCAGCAAUAGUCCUCCAUGUACGAUCGGUAUCUGGCACAGAGACAAAGGCUCUAGCCUACGGAGGACCGCGGGAUGCAGGACACAUUAUCCGCUUCCUCUCGAGAGCGUUACAUCCCCUCACACACGUUGCCAGUCAUGCUGAUCUUGCUCGACUCCAGAUGGAACAUAACGCUGUAGUGUUGGGCUACUACGAUUUUUCGACAGUGAAACAGUUGCCACGCGGCUUCAUCUCUUAUUAUCUGGCAUCUCUGCGUUCCUUGCAACAUCACAAGACCAGUGCGAUUGCAUGGGGGGUUGUUACCAAUCAUAAAGUUGCCACAGCUCUCUCUUUCAAUGAAACAAGAUCUGUUCAUCUAGUGCUGUGGAACACUACUUUGGUUUUCACAAACGCAGCUUCAUCAAAUAGUGAAGGUAUGAGCAACUGGGUAAACAAGUGGGUGGACGAGACAACAAUAUGGGUGGAUAUUCCCGGCACCAAGAGUAUGGCACUUCAUAGUGUGUUGCAGAAGGGUCCUACCUUGAUCCUCUUCACCCCAGAUAAUCCAUACCAUACCGUCAAUGAUCCCUUCACUGUGCUGCGGGAAAUCUCUCUAGACUACAGUAACUGUAACCAGUCGAGCCGUGUGUCAAACUUGGCACGCUAUUUAAGCUCGUUGAGAGCGAAGAGUCGUAUUCAGCUUCGGCAAGCAGAACGAGUGUGCCGGAGUUAUCUUCAAAACCAACUCCACAUAUUGCACUUGUCAAAGCAACAGUUCAACUCUAAAGACGAGACAUGUUGUGGCAGCGAGCCUUCUAGUGAGGCGGGAACUACAACAGGAGAUCAGCAAAGCAAAGUGUGUGAUGUGUGCACUCACCCGACUCGCACACUCACCACUCCUGAGGAACUCUGCACCAACCCCAUAUCUUGGGAAGAAGACUCUGGCUUGCUUCACCAUGUAAAUAAACUAAUGACUGUGUUCAGCGACUCAUGCCGUCACUUGAUGCUGCAGUAUAGCCCCUGGGAGCAUUAUUCUGUUUGCUGCCAGCGCAAUAACACCCUUGCCAAGGCAAAAUCUUCAUACAUCCCACAUACACCCGAGAAGAAGGAAGCAUUUGAUGUUGGGAGUGGACACCCAGAUGAUCGUAUAGAAAAGCUCGUUGCCCUGGCUGCUGAGGACCAGUGUAAAAGACUCUUUCAUGGAUCUCUCGUUGCUCCUCAUUCAUUCGUAAAAGAUCAGCACCCAGCUCCUGAUAUCACGGGCUUGGGAUGCAAGACUAACAAGACUUUAACCUUUGUUGCUGUGGACUCCUUACGUCACGGAGAUGUAGCGGAGAAACUGGGAGUUAACCUGACUACCAGAGAGCCUCAGAAGACAGCAGCUGUCAUUGUAGAUGUUGCAAGAGAAGCUCAUUUCAUCAUGGAUGCUAGUUUAUCUAAGUUAACAUUAGCUAACUUCAUCAUUAAUUACACGCAUGGUCUGCUUGAUAGAAUCCUGGUGACUGGACACGUGGACACAAACAGAUGUAAACCUUCCCAGAUCUGCAUCCAGGAAUUGACAUCGGAAAAUUACCUUAAAUUCACACAGGAAAUGGGAAAGAUGGUUGUCGUACUUCACUACAGCAGCAACUGUGCUGCAUGUACAACUGUUGGACAUGUGUUCAUGACAGUGGCACACAUGGCUCGCCACAUCCCAAAUAUAACAUUUGCACGUAUUAAUAUAUUGACCAAUACAUUGCCUUGGAACCUCUACUUCCAAACUCUACCAUCCAUCAUUGUUCAUCCACACUAUAGGAAGAGUGAUAGCAGUGUGUUUGAUUCAACUCUUCCACUGACCCCUGCCAACCUGAUGUCCUUCUUAGUGUCAAAUCUUGACCCAAGUCACCGUCUCAGCUUAGCCCUCUCCACCUGUCGAGAUGACUGCCAUGAACAAGUAGUGCAGGCAGCUGCAGUCGCCACUACGCAGCUUCACCAUCUGAUGACAGUCACCACCACCAAACUCCAGGACGUGUUGCAUCGCCUCGUAAAACUGAAAGAGACACCCCAUGAAAUACCUCACUGGGAAAAUCAUUACCAAAUUUUAGUCCAUACAAAACAUUUGCUUGUUAGAGAUAUAAAGACACAGAGAGUAAAACUAAAUCACCUUAAUCAAGUGCAGAAACUAGUGCCUUCAAAUAGCAACAAAUUGCUAAUAGAAAGUGACUUGUUAAAAUCUCUACAAUACAUAAUACAAUCAAAGAGUAACUCAAAGAAGACUUUAGAGUCGAGUACACUACACAAUGAGCUAUAGUGAAGUAUAAGCUAUAGUGAAGUAGCUCUAUAAAUACUGGAGAUUUACUGUGAUAUACACAAACAUACAACCACUACUGUAUCUACACACAAACAUACAACCACUACUGUAUCUACACACAAACAUACAACCACUACUGUAUCUACACACAAACAUACAACCACUACUGUAUCUACACACAAACAUACAACCACUACUGUAUCUACACACAAACAUACAACCACUACUGUAUUACACACAAACAUACAACCACUACUGUAUCUACACACAAACAUACAACCACUACUGUAUCUACACACACAUACAACCACUACUGUAUCUACACACAAACAUAACCACUACUGUAUCUACACACAAACAUACAACCACUACUGUAUCUACACACAAAUAUACAACCACUACUGUAUCUAUACACAAACAUACAACCACUACUGUAUCUAUACACAAACAUACAACCACUACUGUAUCUACACACAAACAUUCAACCACUACUGUAUCUACACACAAACAUACAACCACUACUGUAUCUAUACACAAACAUACAACCACUACUGUAUCUACACACAAACAUACAACCACUACUGUAUCUACACACAAAUAUAAACCACUACUGUAUCUAUACACAAACAUAACCACUACUGUAUCUAACACAAACAUACAACCACUACUGUAUCUACACACAAACAUACAACCACUACUGUAUCUACACACAAACAUACAACCACUACUGUAUCUAUACACAAACAUACAACCACUACUGUAUCUACACACAAACAUACAACCACUACUGUAUCUACACACAAACAUACAACCACUACUGUAUCUACACACAAACAUACAACCACUACUGUAUCUACACACAAACAUACAACCACUACUGUAUCUACACACAAACACACACACACAUGAAGUGACAUUUGUGUAUUCAAAGCCAAAAAUUACCUUGAGAGAUUUGUAAUUAGUUGAAAGUUUUCUUUAAAAUGACACCUAGUCAGGUAUAUGGAAUAUUAAAUAUGGACUUGUAAUAAACAGUACUGUAUGAUGUACUAUAAAAAUAUAUACAGUUAUGUACAAAUAUUAAACUUCGUAAAAUAUGAGAACCUUUAAGUUGAGAGCAUUCUGAUAUUUUGACAAAUUGCAUGUAUUCUUGCUUGAUUAUAUCACCAUUUCAUUCUAGUUUUGUUGAGGUCUGACCCUUUGAGGGAGGUGUUUUUAUGCUGGGGAAGGGCUCUUGAUCCAAGGAAUUGGAUCUACCCUGACAAUUCUUGGUUUGGAUAUUAUGGUACUGUAUACAAAUUGUAUCCAUUAAUGUGUAUAUAUUGUUUCAACUGAUAAAUGUGUUAUUAAAUUAUACAGAAAACAUUGGAGAA